AUGGCAUUUUCCGCGGAUAGAGAUGAUAGCCUUGCAACCAUUUUAGAAAGAGUCACCGACACUGAGGGUUCAUCUAUCUCAUCCCAUAGCCGCCUCGGCCAUGAGAUUUCAGAAGAGGCACCGAAUAUUGCAACACAGCAUAAGCCGACUACUCCCAAAGAGAUCCUUUCAGAGCGUACCACCGAAAGAAUAGGUACCGCGGAACCGGGCGCAAGAGCCGCAGCAACACAGGAAGAUGAAUUGAUCAAACAGUUUCUGGUUCGACAUUUUAAGAAUGAUAUCUUGAGAAUAACUCCCCGGGAAGACGACAUUGACAUCCUUUUCCAAUAUACAAUGGGUUUAAAACUAGAUGCGAAGCCUGACGAUGUUGAGCAAGCAAAGGAACCAUGUCAAGAGGUAACUAUGAAGCUCAGUAUAGCAGCUCUUAGUCGGAUGAGAAUGCGGAAGCUUCAGAUGGAGCUCAUCAACAGAAUUAUGAAGAUGCAUUAUCUUAAAGAACUCCCAAGUGACUGGGAGUCUUUAUUAGAGAAGUAUAUUACGGCGACGCGUGACAACGACUAUGUUCACACCUGGGUUGAUGGAGGUCUGCAGGAUCCAUUCCUUAUCACAAGCGAGAGGAAGGUGGAUGCCGCCAUACUUCAAUCUACCCUUCUUGAAAUUGGCGGACCAACGUUCAACUUCGUUCCACCCCUAGAACAAAAACCAACAGCUAUUGGAGACACCCGAACUGAGAUGACCCAAAAACUACGAAGGGGAGCGUACUUCGUGCGAGCCGUAGUUUCUGUUAUAGGUGGGAUAUAUCUAAUUAUGCCUGUGUGGCUAAUGAUAGAGAUGGGAAGUCCAAAAGCGUCGCUUAUUAUAACAGCAUUGUUUGUGUUGAUAGUCGGUCUUGCGGCGGCAUGGGUGUUCAAUGAUAUUAUACAUGUCUUUUCGAUUACGGUGGCGUACGCGGCCGUAUUGGUUGUCUUCGUGGGCGCCAAUGGCUCUUCGGCAUAAACAUACUUGUCGCGGGAAUUAGAGGAUAUUAUAGCCCUAUGUACACCUUCCUCGACAAACGAAUACUAG